UUCGCUGUGAAGCGCUCUGAGCGUUUCUUCUCCACCGGUAGUGACGCAGUCUCCUAGGCGUGAGGACAACAUGGCGGCCUUGUGGAAGGUUGUGUGCGGCUCCAGGUCCGGACUCGGAGUCCGGUUCUCCUCCUGCAGAACCUCCUUCAGCUCGGACUCCGGCAGCAAGCCGCCGGCCGCGGACAGCCGCCGACCCGGGUUCGCUGCGGCUCUGCAGCAGCAGGCGGAGCUGCGACGAGACGCGGAGAGCUCUGCGGCCGCCGGCGGCGCCUCCCGAUCCGGACAGGAGAGCAGCUUCUCCUCGCUGCUCCGCCGGUCCCCGCUGGUCCAGAUGGGCCCGGCUGCAGACCGGCUGGUGGUCGGUCGGAUCUUCCACGUGGUCCGGGACGACCUGUACGUGGACUUCGGGGGGAAGUUCCCCUGCGUGGUCCGAAGACCCGCCGGCGGGGAGGCGCUGCAGCGGGGCAGCAAGGUCCGGCUCCGGCUGCAGGACCUGGAGCUCACAGCCCGCUUCCUGGGAGCCAGCACCGACACAACGUUGCUAGAGGCCCAGGCCGUCCUGCUGGGCCCGGUGGAGCCCCGGGAGGCCCGCAGGAACCAGGGAGAACCAGAACCGGCGGCAAUGAAACCAGAGGGUUCCUGAGUCUGGAGCUGCAGGAAAAUACUGACUAAACUUUAAACUUGGAACCAGAAGUUUAAUGUUGGACUCUGAUCUGAUUGUUUGAUAAUAAACAUUAUUUAUAUGAAACAUUAAACAGCUUCUGUGUUUCUUCAUGAAGCUGCACAUCAACAAACAGCUGAAAAAUAUUACUUUUUAUUAAAGCUUGUUUCAGGAAUAAAAUAUAUUACAAUUCA